AUGAGGAGGAGAUCCAUCCCCGCCUUCAGCGCGGUGGGUAUUUCUGAGGAAGGGGAUUCGCAGGUGGUCCAUCAGCUCAUCUCUCAACAGCUCCAGGAGGAUUCCGCUGCUCAGGUCAUGGAGCUGGCCCUCAUGCAGCGGGAGGAUCCCCGCUACUUGGCCCUGGAAGAGAUCCGCGCCGCCAGGCUGUCCAGUCCCCAGGCGAUGGCGGCGCAUGCGGUCCCCUUCAACUACGUUGCGCCAAAG